GCCAUUCUCUUUUUCAAACAAAGCUUUUUUUCUUCCCUGAGAAUCCGUCUAGUAAUGGCGGCGAAGCAAGGUUCCUUCAGGCAAGGGAUACUCGAGAAACGGGAGAGGCUUCUUUCGAAUAAUGGAUUCUCCGAUUUCAGAUUCAACGACAUCGAAUCGAACGAUCUUCUCGAAGGUCACAACAACAACCAUGAAAGAACAAGGACAAGGCUAUGUUGCUGCUGUUCGUGUGGUAGUCUAUCUGAGAAAAUCUCAGGAGUGUUCAACGAGGUUAAAGAUGUGGCGAGGAAGGCUUGGGAUAUGGGAGUGUCUGAUCCGAGAAAGAUCGUCUUCUCUGCGAAGAUUGGUCUCGCUCUCAUGAUUGUUGCGCUUUUGAUUUUUUUCCAGGAGCCUAAUCCGGAUCUUAGCCGUUACUCUGUUUGGGCUAUUCUCACUGUCGUCGUAGUCUUCGAAUUCACGAUCGGAGCUACGCUAAGCAAAGGGUUUAAUAGAGCGCUUGGGACAUUAUCUGCUGGAGGUCUUGCUCUUGGAAUGGCUGAGCUUUCCACAUUAUUUGGUGACUGGGAAGAGCUCUUCUGCACUCUUAGUAUCUUCUGCAUUGGGUUUCUCGCAACUUUCAUGAAACUAUACCCAGCGAUGAAAGCUUACGAAUACGGGUUUCGGGUUUUCUUGCUUACGUAUUGCUAUAUUCUGAUUUCUGGGUUCAGAACUGGACAGUUCAUAGAAGUGGCUAUCUCUCGGUUUCUGCUUAUAGCUCUUGGCGCUGGUGUUAGUUUAGGUGUCAAUAUGUUUAUCUAUCCUAUAUGGGCUGGAGAGGAUCUUCAUAACCUUGUCGUCAAGAAUUUUAUGAAUGUUGCUACUUCCCUUGAAGGUUGUGUGAAUGGAUACCUUCGCUGUGUAGAAUACGAGAGGAUUCCAUCCAAAAUCCUCACAUACCAAGCCUCAGAGGAUCCAGUUUACAAGGGUUACAGAUCAGCGGUUGAAUCAACCAGUCAAGAAGAGUCUUUGAUGAGUUUCGCAAUUUGGGAGCCGCCUCACGGACCAUACAAGUCAUUCAACUACCCAUGGAAGAACUAUGUCAACCUCAGCGGUGCUCUCAAGCACUGUGCAUUCACUGUGAUGGCAUUGCAUGGCUGCAUUCUCUCAGAAAUCCAGGCACCAGAGGAACGGAGACAAGUUUUCCGGCAAGAACUUCAGAGAGUUGGUGUAGAAGGAGCCAAAUUGUUAAGAGAGCUCGGUGAAAAGGUGAAGAAGAUGGAGAAGAUAGGACCAGACGACCUUCUCUUCGAAGUACACCUAGCUGCAGAAGAAUUACAGCACAAGAUCGACAAGAAAUCAUACCUUCUAGUCAAUUCCGAAUGCUGGGAGAUUGGAAACCGAGCCCCCAAGGAAUCGCAAGAGCCUCAAGAAGAGCUCUCCCUCGAAGAUUCGGAGCCACCAGAGAACCAAGCAACACCGAUCUACGCAUUCAAAUCCCUAAGCGAGGCAGUUUUGGAGAUACCAACAAGCUGGGGCGAGAAGAAUCAUCGUGAGCCAUUGAACCAUAGACCAACUUUCUCGAAACAGGUAUCGUGGCCUGCACGGCUUGUGCUUCCGCCACAUAUGGAGACAACUAACGGAAAUUCACCGCUAGUGGAGACGACAAAGACGUAUGAAAGCGCUAGUGCGUUGUCACUCGCAACAUUCGCGUCCCUCCUCAUUGAGUUCGUUGCUAGGUUGCAAAACGUGGUCGACGCAUUCGUGGAGCUAAGCAAUAAAGCGAAUUUCAAGGAGCCUGAGAUUGUUACCGCUGCCACAGAUACAUAUUUCUCCGGAGAAAGAGUGGGACUUUGCCCCAAGAUACGCCGGUGUUUUGGGUUGUAAUUUUCUAUUAUAGUUGCAUCGGCGUGCGAGAGAUUAUAGUUCGAACUUUGAACUGUUAACUGUAAACUACUAGUAACCUCAACUAUACAACUAAAUUCGUAAAUAAUGGCAAAAACAUCAGGGGAUUUUUUAACCCUUAGUUUCAGAAA